GUUUCACUUCCUUGCUAGUCAGAGCCUCAGCCACAGCAGGCUCCUGUCUCACUGAGGAGCAGUGUGUCCAGCCCUGGAGCCCAUCUCUCUCUACAGCACCUGGCAGGGAAGCAACCAUCAGAAGCAAAAGAACGAAUGGGCAGAGCGGAACUUCUAGGAGGGAGCAUGAGUACCCAGGAUCCCUCAGAGCUGUGGGGUCGAUCAGAUGGAGGAACAGACCUGCUCCAAGACUUGGGGUGGUAUCAUGGCAACCUCACACGCCAUGCAGCUGAGGCGCUUCUCCUCUCCAAUGGACGUGAUGGUAGCUACCUACUAAGGGACAGCAAUGAGCAGACUGGACUCUAUUCUCUCUCCGUGAGAGGCAAAGACUCUGUCAAGCACUUUCACGUCGAAUACACUGGGUACUCAUUUAAAUUUGGCUUUAAUGAAUAUUCAACUUUAAAGGAUUUUGUCAAGCAUUUUGCAAACCAGCCUUUGAUUGGAAGCGAGACAGGGACUCUGAUUGUUUUGAAACAUCCUUAUCCAAGAAAAGUAGAAGAGCCUUCCAUUUAUGAAUCAGUCCGGGUCCACACAGCAAUGCAGACAGGAAGAACGGAAAAUGACCUCGUGCCCACUGCACCUUCUCUUGGCACCAAAGAAGGUUACCUCACCAAGCAGGGCGGCCUGGUCAAGACCUGGAAAACAAGAUGGUUCACUUUGCAAAGGAAUGAGCUGAAAUAUUUCAAAGACCAAAUGUCACCAGAACCAAUUCGGAUCCUAGACCUAACGGAGUGCUCAGCUGUCCAGUUUGAUUACUCCCAGGAAAGAGUGAACUGUUUCUGCUUAGUGUUUCCAUUCAGGACAUUCUAUCUCUGUGCAAAGACAGGAGUUGAAGCUGAUGAGUGGAUCAAAAUACUGCGAUGGAAGUUGUCAAAAAUAAGAAAACAGCUGGAUCAAGGAGAGGACACUGUCCGAACUCGGUCAUUCAUCUUCAAAUAGAACUUUCUUGGCUCAAGGGCAAGGUGGAAUGCUCCAGGUGCUCUGAUCUGUGGCAGGCUUCAGAGGAAAGAUCAUUAAGGAAGUUCCUCAAAAACAAACAAACAAACAAACAAACACAAAGCAGACUGUAGUCAGGAGCUGGAUGCUGUUUGCUGAUUCACAGAAAACUGCUGGCAGGACCUGGCCAUCUGCUCAAGAACAGGGACGCAGCACCCCGCUGGCUGCUGGAAACUGCCUACCCUCCACUGCCAGGUGGAGCCACUCAGAACACAGCGCAAGACCUGGUUUGCUCUCUCAGUGGCUUAGGCUUGUUGACUUUAGUUGCCUGGCGUCCUGCCCCAAGUCACGCCCAGCACAACUAAGCUUCAGACAUGUUCUUAAACAGCAAGAAUGUGGCAAUAUGUUGGGAGUGCAGGCUCUUUUAGGAAGCAAAACAAGAUAAUAAACGCCAAAGACUUUGAAAGGAAGGGCUGUUUUUUUGUUGUUUAUAUAUGAAAACCUCAAGUAGGACUGAAGAGGUGGCUCAGCCAUUAAACGUGCAUCUGCUCUUGCAGAGAACCUGAGUUCAGUUUCCAGGACCCACAUCAGAUGGCUCGCAAACACCCAUCACUCCAUCUUCAAGGGGAUCGGACACCUCUGGCCUCCUUGGGCAACUGCGCUCAGGCACACAUAGGCACAUGCAAAUGAUGCAAAAAACAAAACAAAAAAUAUUUUUAAAAAAACGUUUCCAAAAUAUGAGAAAAUGUUCAUUUUGUUUAUUUUUCCUUUUAAGAGACUUAGAAAUCAGACGGGCGCCACGCCACGUUUGACAACCGGAGAGGGAUCCCUAAAACUCACGUAGAGGUGGAAGCAGAGAACCAUCUGCACAAAGUUCUUCUUCGACCUCUACAUGUAUGUCAGCAUGUGUGAUUCCCCACGUCACACAUAACGAACAUAAUAAUUGUUUUUUUUUUAAAGCUUAGAAAUCCAGAGGAUCCUUUACUCCUAAUGAUAAACUGUGAGAACUACAUGUCUUGUGGGUAACUGGGUAGAUAAAUGGAUUAACAUAUAAUAAGGAGUGAGGAUGUUUUAAACAGCAAGAAACUGCACACUGAAGGGUGAUAAGCAGUGGGUGACGUUUAGUUUAAUGGUUGUCAUUACAAAUGUAAUAACACACUUAUAGCACUAAGUUCUCUUCAGCUGCCGUUUCUUCACAUUGAUUGAGGCCUCCCCAUAAAGGAUGCCCCGUCUCUUUCCAGGGUAGGCUGUAUGAGAAUAGCCCUAUGAAGCACCCCAAGAUUAUUAAAAGACAACUUCUGUUAAGUUACAUAGCUGUUGCAAACUAGGAUCCCCAAUGACAGACCGGUGUUCAGGGGCCAUGAACAGGUCUUGAUUUCUAUUAUCACUGUUGAUGUGGCUUUUAAGGACAGAAGUUAGAAGGGUGACGAGCCAGCAGGUGGUGCAGAGCUGGCGGAACUCCGUUCUCGCAGCACAGACAGUGGGCAGCAUUUUUGCCAGUGUGACCAAGACACUUGAGCGAACAGCUGAUCGGAAUGAUUGCUUCAUGGUUCUUGAUGUCUCAGCUCACCAUGCUUAGGGUGUGGUGUAGCUGCUACUGUCAAAGCAGGCAGGGAUCUGAGCAUGGCAGGAACAGGAAAGGGAGGAGCCAAGACGAGAGACCCCAGGAAGACAUUCUGAGUGGCCCACUUCCAACCAGGCCCCAUCUUCCACAUUCUGUCACAUCCUAGUAACCUGUUCAGAUUCUGAUCCAUUUGGAUGAAAUAAAUGAGCUAAACCUGUCAUUAGGUCAGCUCUCUCACUGGAUGCUUUCAAGGACAUACCCACAAUAGUUCUGGUAUUUCUCAUUCAUGGUACCUUGUUAAAUUUUUUUUUCUGUUGCUUAUACAGCUAAGACUCAGAAAUUGUUUUUUCAAGAGGCUUUUUGGAGUUGGAUUGUGGAUCAGUUGUAGAAUGCUUACUGCAAGGAGGGACAUUUAAUUUGCUGUGUUUGUGUUGUAUGGAAUAAAGCAAUGUCAAGAUAAAAUGUAUUGUGUCAAGUUUGCAAAAUAAGGAGUAACAAGGGCCUCUCCUUGAGAUGUAUUGUUUUGUUUCCUUAGAAACAAGUGUUUUUCCUCAUGUGUUAAAUAUUCUUUUUACUUUCUGUAAAAUUUGUUUAUUUAUAUUCUUUGGUUCUGUUUACUAAGUAAAAAGUACAUGAUUUUGUCGUA